AUGGAAGAAUAAAACUUCGAAAAUAAGAUUUGGAUUAUUAAUAGAUUUAUUAUAGCUGAUCAAGAUGAAAUGGCUAGACAAGCUGCUUUAAUGGAAGAGAAAUUGAAAAAAAUGGGAAAGAAAAAACCUCUUGUAAAAUAAGAUAAGGAAAAAAAAGUUUUUGAUUCAGCAGAUUAUUACAAAGAAUAAGAAGAAGGAGGAAAAAGUUGA